GAGAAAGCAAGGGGGCAAAAACAGAAGAGGGCAGCGGACCGCAGCGGAGAGAAAAGGAAAAGGAGAGAAGCCUAGCUCGGGUUGUUUUAGUCUCAUUGCCAGUUCUCCCCGAGGUCCUGGGGCAAUGGUUGAAUUAAUCCAAUGAAUGGAUGAAUCAUUCUUCUCGCAUACCUCCCAAAUCGAAGUCCCAGUGCUUUCGACUUUGAAGCUCCAAGAGCUUACUCCUCUGACAGUCGCUUUUGAUUAGAAUCUGAGAGUAGUUGCUGAAUCCAAACCGCACGAGACUCAAAAACUACCGAAGAUGGGUUGGGGAAGGGCAAUGUAUGAAGGAGCCGUGGUGCUGGGAUCUCUUUGUUUACUUGGUUGGGCUGGUCUCUGGUUCUUGAACCGUCGUCUCUACAAAGAGUACGAAGAGAAACGAGCGCUGGUGCAGAUCAUUUUCAGCGUCGUCUUCGCCUUCUCCUGCAAUCUCCUCCAGCUUGUCCUCUUUGAGAUCAUUCCCAUCCUUUCCAAAGAGGCUAGAGUUGUGAACUGGAAGGUGGACUUUUUCUGUUUGAUCUUAUUACUGGUCUUCAUGCUGCCCUAUUAUCAUUGCUACUUGAUGCUCUGCAACAGUGGUGUAAGGAAGGAACGGGCAGCACUUGGAGCUAUAUUAUUCUUGCUGGCUUUUCUGUAUGCCUUUUGGCGCAUGGGCAUUCACUUUCCAAUGCCAUCACCUGAUAAAGGUUUCUUCACUAUGCCCCAACUGGUCAGUAGAAUUGGGGUGAUUGGUGUUACAGUUAUGGCUGUUCUGUCUGGUUUCGGUGCUGUGAACUUGCCCUACAGUUAUUUAUUUCUAUUAAUUAGAGAGAUUGAGGAAGCAGAGAUUAAAGGCUUGGAGAGACAACUGAUGCAGUCAAUUGAGACUUGUAUUUCAAAGAAAAAGAAAAUUAUACUUUGUCAGAUGGAGAUGGAGAGCAGCCAAGGAUCUGAGGAGAAGUUAAAUGCCAGAUCCUUUGUAAAACGUAUAGUUGGCACAGUCAUUCGAUCUGUGCAGGAGGAUCAAAAGGAGCAAGAUAUCAAAGGCAUGGAAGCAGAAGUACAAGCUUUAGAGGAGCUUUCAAAGCAAUUAUUCUUGGAGAUUUAUGAACUUCGCCAAGCCAAGGAAGCUGCCGCUUAUUCUCGAACUUGGAGGGGGCACUUGCAGAAUCUACUUGGCUAUGCUUGUUCUGUGUAUUGUGUAUAUAAAAUGAUCAAGUCAUUGCAAAGUGUUGUUUUCAAACAGGAUGGUUCUGUUGAUCCUGUAACAAGGACAAUUAGUAUAUUCUUACAGUUCUUUGACAUCGGAAUCAAUGCUGCCUUAUUAUCACAGUACAUUUCCUUACUGUUCAUUGGAAUGUUGAUUGUCAUAUCGGUGCGUGGAUUCUUAACAAAUCUAAUGAAGUUCUUUUUUGCUGUUUCCCGUGUUGGAAGUGGAUCUUCAAGCAAUGUAGUCCUGUUUCUGUCCGAGAUAAUGGGAAUGUAUUUUGUAUCGUCUAUUCUUUUAAUCAGGAAAAGCUUGGCAACUGAAUACAGGAUAAUUAUUACAGAGGUAUUGGGUGGUGAUAUUCAAUUUGACUUUUAUCACCGGUGGUUUGAUGCCAUUUUUGUUGCCAGUGCGUUCCUUUCGUUGCUUUUACUGUCUGCGCAUUAUACAUCCCGCCAAACUGAUAAACACCCAAUUGACUGAAGCAUACAACCUGUAUGCUUGUACAGGGUCAAAGGCCAACGAAGUGAGGAUGAUAUAUGAAGAUUCUUCAGCAGCAAGGAUAGCAACAGGGAGGAUGGAAUUCGUAGUUUGCUCUAUCGGUAAAAGGAAUGUUUCAGCUAUGUGGAAAGUGACUUGUUAAAGCUCGUAUAGAAAAGCAAUAUGUUGGAUGGGUGACUGCUUCUAGACGAUAUAUGACGGCUGUCCAUUAAAAUGAUGGUAUAUCAUCCUAGCGUACCAGCUUUAUGAUAGAAUGUAAAGAAACAUGGUUGAGUACCCAAUUAUCGUUCAAUUGGUAGAGAAUUUGCCUUCUGUAUGUUGUGUUUUUGGAAGCUGAUAGGUAUCUUAUUUAGGAGGGGGAAGGACCAAAGCAAGUGCGAGGUCACCCUUAUUUGGAAGCUACACCAUUGUGCUUUUUCUAGGAAAAUAUUGGUAUUGAUUAUCCUUUCACAGGGACUUCUACUCUUGUACAAGAAUGAUGUCUACAAUGUUUACUCCUUAUGGUUGGGAGUAUCUCCAAUAUUGCUUCAAAA